AUGAAGGACCUUGGCGACCAACUACAUCUGUAUAGUCAACUGGAACAAAGUAUCGCCACACAACGCCAGCUCUUUAGAAAGGUGAAGAAAGGCUUCCAAGAGCAGUCCAUGGAGUUGGCUACCGCCCAGCAUCAAAUACAGCUCCUCCAGGCCCAAGUCAACAAUAGCAUCACUAGGAAGAGGAAGGCUGUUCACAUCGACCCAAACACAAAGUUCGCGACCAUUAGCGACGUACGGCAGGCCCAGAUUGAGGCUGGCGAUGCCCUCGAUGAUACACAUGAAUCCAGCGCCUCUGAUUACCCUAGUGAGGCCGAAAGCUGUAUAAUAGUGGCAGCGAUACCCAGUCGAUAG